AUGGAGAUCAAACUUGCCAGUCAUGAGCAUUCAAUAGGCUAUCAUUGUCUCGAUGAUGAGACAGAUGAUAAAUGGUGUGAGAAAUGCACGGAGAAAAUCUGUGGUGCAGCCUACGCAUGUGUAAAGUGCGAACUCUGGUUGCAUGAAUUGUGCGCCAAAGCUAUACAAUAUCUGCCUCGAGAGAUUACACAUCCGCUCCACUCACACCACCAUCUUAUGUUAGAUUGGUCUGGUCCUGCCGCACCAUUUACCUGUGAUCUAUGUUUGAAGAUUUCUUCGGGCACCAAUUACACGUGUUGUCGGUGCCCUUUCGAGCUGGAUUUAGUUUGCGCUUUUGCAAGCAGUGAUGAUCAUGUAGCUCGGAAGAAGAGGCAGAGAUCCAAUUCAGAGAGGAAACAGACAAUGCAGCAUUACUGCCACAUCCACCCGCUGGUCCUCUACGAGUAUAGCAAUGAGGGAGAACAUGAUUAUAAUUGCCGUUGGUGUAACAAGCCACUGACGGGCAUUUUCUACGGUUGUAAAAGUUGUGGCUUCUUCCUUCAUGAAUUUUGCAGUGAUAAGAUACCCAAAACAUUGAACCAUCCUUUCCAUCCAUCACACCCUCUUCGCUUGGAUUUCGUUGACGCAACUUGCAAUGCUUGUACACAAUGGAUUAGUAUGAGUAAAGACUUCUCCACCGCCGCCUAUGGUUGCCAAAUUUGCAAUUUCAACCUUGAUUUUGGGUGUGCAAAACUAUUACCUACCCUUAAACAUGAGAGCCACAACCACCGUCUCACUUAUGUUGGUCCCACUUUCAGGGAUCUAAUUCUCAAAUAUCAUUUCCAAUGCAGCUCCUGCCGUGAGCUGUGUUUAGACACCUUUUAUCGUUGUGUGCAGUGUGAUCUUAAUCUCCACCUUAAAUGUGUUCCAGUUCCACCUUUAGCUAAACAUAGAUAUCAUAGACAUCCACUCCUCCUUAAUCAACCAAUUAGAGAAGAUGAAAUUGGAGAGUAUUACUGUGAUAUUUGUGAGAAAGAACGAGAUCCAACACAUGAAGUUUAUUAUUGCCAAAAAUGCACAUAUAUUGCUCAUAUUGAAUGUGUGCUCAAUCAGGAGGAAACAUCAACAAAACAGGACUCAUCAUCCUCCCCACCCAUAUCCAUGGAUGCUAAAGCUUCGGAGCUGAAGGAAAUGGAGCAGACCGAAACGAUUCUGGUCCGACCAGUCUUCCAUAAACAUCCAUUGAAAUUUUGCGAGGUAACUGAAAACUUGGGAGAAAGGGUUUGCGGAGCUUGUCGUUUAGAACUUAGUGGUCCAGGCUACAUCUGUCAAGGAUGCCUAUAUAUCCUACAUGAAAACUGUGCUAAAUUACCCGAUGAGAUACAACACCCUCUUCAUCCUCAACAUCAUCUCAACCUCUACGCUACAUCUACAUCACCGGACCAAAAUAUAUGUGAUAAGUGUCAAGAUUUUUAUUUCGGAUUCUUUUAUCUUUGCGAGCAGUGUGAUUUCAAGCUCGAUCUGAAAUGCGCAACUCGAGCACCCUCUGAAAGUGGGCGCACAACAUUGAAAGAGUCGGAGAGGGAAACUGAGCUAUUCCAUUUCACCCACAAGCACAAGCUACUGUUUUGCAAUUUUACUGACCCUCUAGUUAAAAGACAAUGCAAUCUUUGUCGACUGCAAAUCUUUGGUCCAACAUACCAUUGCAUGAGCUGUGGUUGGAUUCUUCAUGAAUCUUGUCUUAGGUUACCACAAGAAAUGCAAGUACCUUUUCAUUCCCAACACACUUUGAAUCUAAGCUACACGAGAUAUGGAGGUUGCCAUGCAUGUUCACUAAAGCUGUUACCAUCUGGCUAUCAUAAGAGUUAUAACUAUGGUUGUAAAGAUUGUGUCGUCAACUACCAUAUUGCAUGUGCAAUUUCCCUAACACGCCCUCUGAAACUUGACUCUCACAUGCACCAUCUUUAUUAUUUUGGGACGGACUUUGAUCGAUUCUUUGCCAUGUACCGUGACUUCAUUGAUAUCUAUGCUGGACUAUUUUGUAGUCACUGUGGUGAAAUUUGCAGUGGGCAAUCUUUCUAUCGUUGUCUUGAGUGUUUCAUCAAUUUCCACCUAGAAUGUCUAUCCUUACCUCAAAUUAUCAAAUCCAAGUGCCACAUCCAUCCUUUAACUCUUAAAGAUUCGUAUAUCGAAGAUGAUUCAGAGGAGCAUUACUGUGAUGCAUGUGAAGAAAAAAGACACCCAAACCAUCAUGUUUACUAUUGUGAAGAAUGCCCAGGAAUAUUUGUUGCUCAUAUAGAUUGUGCACUUUCUAAGGAAGAAGAAGUUGUGUCAUUUUUGGUUCCUAGGGAGAUGAAGAAAAGGAGGAGCUGGACUAGGGGAAUUUAACUUUGCAUAUCUUCUCCUUCAUAAAGUAUUUAUAAUACAUUGGUCUUCAUUGUUUUAAUUAAUAGUAAUUACUAAUCAUAUAUAUAUAUAUAUCUUGUGUGUAUAUAGAUACAGAUAUAGACUACUAUAGGUUUGAAAACAAAUUAGGAUUAAGCAAUUCUGGUUUAAACCUAAAAAUUAUUAUAGAUGAGGAUAAUAUCAACUUUUUGAUGUAUACAAUUACUUUUUUUUGAUGGUCCAUGUUGAACUCCUUAAAAUGCCUCCUAAGUCAUUCCAUCAACUUCCUCUUAAAACAUCAAUAAAGAUUGAUAGCUGUGAAAACUCUAAUGAUGAGCCAA